UCUUCCCCAAAUCCCUAACCUCACACUCAUCAGAUUCAGCUCAAUCCAUCACAACAAUGCCGGCUGGCCACGGACUGAGGUCGCGCACCAGAGAUUCAUUCUCUCGGGCCUUCAGGAAGAAGGGUCCGACCCAUCUCUCGACCUACCUCCGCACCUACAAAAUCGGAGACUAUGUAGAUGUUAAGGUUAACGGCUCCAUCCACAAAGGCAUGCCCCACAAAUUCUAUCACGGCCGAACUGGUCGCGUCUGGAACGUCACCAAGCGUGCCGUCGGCGUUGAAGUCAACAAGCAGGUUGGCAACAGAAUUAUAAGGAAAAGAAUUCACGUCCGCAUUGAACACGUUCAGCAAUCACGUUGCCACGAAGAAGUGAUGAUGAGGAUAAAGAAGAACGACCAGUUGAAGGCAGAGGCAAAGGCACAGGGUAAAAUCAUCAGCACAAAGAGGCAGCCAGAAGGUCCAAAGCCUGGAUUCAUGGUGGGAGGGGCAACAUUAGAGACUGUAACUCCAAUCCCCUAUGAUGUGGUCAAUGAUCUCAAAGGUGGUUACUGAGGAUUCCUUUGAUUAUCUUUGUGAUGAACAAUUCGUUGGAAAUUGAUAAUCCACUGCAACACUUUUACAUGUUCAAUUCUAGCAAUGACAUAUGGAACUUUAUUUA